AUGCUGCAACGUCCCAUGAUGUCGUGGAUUGUGGCGCUUGUAUUAGCAUUUGUGGCCAUGGUCCCUGUGCUUGCCGACAUGCAGCACCACCGUAUUCGCAUGCACCACGACAUUAAGCGCGCACUUAAGGAGGAUGACAAGUAUUACACUCCCUCGAGGUUCAUGGAUGUGUCGUCUCAAUUUGAUAUGGAUCAUUUUGGUAUCAGCAAACAACAUAAGAGUCACGGCAAGCUUAAAGUCCCUAAAGGCUCGGAGAUUCGUCACGUCAAAGUACAUGAUACUGGCACCAAUUUUCUUGCGUACUUUUCUAAGGGUGUAAAUGAAAAGAAGGUGACGCACGCAUAUGUGAUGUUCCACGGCCGUAAUCGCGAUGGUGACAGGUAUUGGUCGAUUAUGAACCGUGCUUUGGAGAGCGCCCGUAAGGACAACUAUCCAGGCGCCCCGAAGCAUGCUGUUGUCGUGGCGCCUCAAUUUUUCUCUGCCAAGCUGAACGAGGGUCAGUACGGAAACUCGACGCUCGCAUGGAGUGACAUCAAUGCUUGGCAAUCGGGCAGUAUUGCUGUGCACCCAAAGGGCACGGAUGUAUCAUCUAUGGAUGCUGUGGACGCACUGGUGGACCUUUUCUCCAAUGAAAAGAAGUACCCUAACCUCAAGAACCUGACGUUGGUCGGCCAUGGCGGUGGUGGUCAACUCAUGAACCGCUAUGCGACAGUUGGUAAGGACUCGAGUCGCAAGGGUAUCCAUAUUCGCUACAUCGUUGGUGAUCCUAGCACGUCAGCCUACUUCACAUAUCAUCGCCCGAUGACUGACAAAAGUAUAGCUUCCCCCGAGACGUGCACAAGCUACAAUAACUGGCGCUAUGGAUUUGACACGUUUCCGGGAACAUUGCAGGACUCGAAGGAACCGCACGAUUACUUUAAGCAGUACAUCAGUCGCGAUGUUGUGAACAUUGUGGGUCUCAAGGAUGUGCUGGAGAAUGGUGAUCAGAAGUGUAUGGCGCUCCUUCAAGGUGGUCGCAAGCGUCGUGACCGCAACCUGAGUUGGUGGCGCUACAUUAAUAUGUUGGGUCGCACCAACGAAAACCUUCAUGGCUUCCCAGGCAAUUUCAGCGAUCUGCCUGACUGGUCGAUGCACUCGAAUGGCAUCAUCAAGACUCGCCUGACCGUUGUCCCGCACGUGAAGCAUAAUGCUGAAAAGGUGUUUGGCAGCAAGCAUGGUCGAUCGGCGUUAUUCGAUCACUACGAUGUGGACAUGGGCUGGCGUCCCGAUGGUUGGACGUAUCAUGCACCUAAGGCCCGGAUCGCUUUGCAGAAUAAGAAGGCUUCGUCAUCGUCGUCGUCAUCGGCGUCGUCAUCGUCAACGUCGUCAUCAUCGUCGUCAUCAUCGACGUCAUCAUCGACGUCGCAGCCGCCAUCGUCGACCUCGUUGUCGUUGUCGUCAUCUUCGGUCUCAUCGUCAUCGCCAUCAUCUUCGUCGACACCGUCCGAAUCAGCUUUGGGUGGCAAGGUGUUUGCGCACGAUGGCAGUGCAUCGCACUCCUGCUCGCUCUUUUCUCUACUUGCACCGCUGGUGUUUGUAUGUGUUAUCAUGAUGCUCUAA